UUGGCUUUUUUGCAUGCUCUGUUACAGCGAGAAUGUGGAGCGUGUUGGGCUUUUUCAGCUGCCAGUGCGAUUGAAUGGCAUUGGGCCAUCAAGAAAAAUUCCACCGUGACAGUCUCCAGACAGCAAAUGGUCGACUGUGUGCAAUCAAAUUUUGGAUGUAAUGGCGGCCUGAUUGAGAACGCUCUUGCUUAUGCCCAGUCUUCGGGUCUAAUGUCAGACGCCGAGUAUCCGUACCGUUCUCGGGUCACACAGUGUAACUAUGAUCCUGCAAAAGUGAUUCUUCGCACAAAUGGAUUCGAAAAACUGAGUAACUUGAAAGAACCUGCAUUGACUUGCAUCCUGAAAGAGAAAGGACCCAUCGCGAUAGGGUUGGACGCCAGUGCUCGAGGACUUCAGCACUACGACACGGGGUUGUUCAAUGAUUUGGACUGCAAUGGGGAAUAUCUGAAUCACGCAGUCGUGCUGGUUGGUUACGGCGUCGAUCAGAAUGGAAGAAAGUACUGGAUAGCUCAAAAUUCUUGGUCAAACAAAUGGGGCGAGGACGGCUUCUUUCGGAUUCUAUUCGGUGAAAACCACUGUGGUGUCGCCGUAACACCACUUAUUCCAGUUCUCUAA